GGUUGGGCCAGCUUCGGGCUUCGCACUUUCGCAGUCAUCAUCCGCCAGACAGAGAUUGCUUCCUCGGGCCGUGAUGCACGAAAUUUCGAUAAGGUGCGGAUAUUUUGUCACAUUUCCACUAUUUGCUCGUCGAUUUGGGCGUUGAAUUGUGUCACGAAAGGUACGUGAAGUUGCAGUGAUUCGUUUUCAAGUGAAAAAGAAUAGUGAAGGCGCAGCAAACAGCAGCAGAAGCGAAUGAAAACAACGUUACUUUGCUUGCGUUGGUGCGAAAAAGUCCGCAACUAGUGUUGCCCCGUUUGAUUGCGAGUGGAGUGAGUGAGAAGGGUGCUAUUGUGGAGUGAUCAAAACAUCAACGCUCGGCAUCCUGAAAAGGAAAUAAUAAUAAAAUAUUUACAUUAUUUGUUUACGUCUUAUCGGUGCAUUUUGAUAAGGCUAAACCAAAACAAGACAUCCGCAGUCGGGUGCACAAGUCAAAGCGGCAUCCAUAAAGAAAGCAGAAACUGGAAAACUGCAGCAGUCAAGCAAUCGGGAACUUUUUCGCUGUCUUGCUGCAUGCAGUGAUCGAAAGAAGCGCUCGGCGGGUGUGUGAGUGCGGCUAAGGCUAAGGCGAGGAUUCGAAGGACAACGUCGUUCAUCGCACGCGCCCCUCAACUGAACUCAACUUAGCGACGAGAAAAAGGCAGAUGUCUCAACAUUAUCUGACGUCGUUCGAUCCGUCUUAGUGUUAUUUGUGGGGGAUAGGAAGGUUAGGGCAUUGCGCAGCGGUAUAUUUUUCGGACGUGAAAAAACAAAAUCUCCGAGCAAGGAGGAAACAAAACGAGCUCUCUCAUGGGGGCUAGGCAUAGUCGCCGGCAAAAAAGUCAAACAGCGCAAGAAGAGCAGACAGAGCAGAGCCAAGCGCAACAUCCAUCAUUAGUCGUUGCUACUGGCAGGGGCAGUGAGCGUGUGGAAGCCAAUGUAGAUCCCACGGAAGACGAACAGGGUACCGCGAAUAGUAGUUUGGUAAUAACGAUUUGUAUGUUGAAGAUGGAACCAAGUGAAGAAACGGCAAGUGGGGGUGAAGUAAGUGAAUUACCAUCGUCUAACCAAGAAGAAAUCAGCAGUAGUGCGGAACAACCAAGUGCGACGAUGCAUCCCAAGUGUGGUUGUUACGAGAACAAUAACGGUCCGGUUAGUUUAGCAUCUACCAGUAGCUCCUCAGCGUCUGCUUCUCCAGUGUACGGUAACAUUGGUGCCAUUAACAAUAACAAUUCAACCCAGCAAACAGCCCCCAAAUGUGGCUGUAAUUGUAGUAAACCCGAUGGCAUCAACAGUUUGGAAAUCUUUAACGGAAACCCUCCCAUGCAGACCAGUGCUAAUGAUUGUGCAAACAAUAACGAAGCUUCAUCUUUAAUCAGUGACAUUUUGAGCAACCAUCAUCAUUUGUUGCACCACCAUCAUCACCACCACCAUCACCAUCAUCACAUUGGACCGUGGACGUGUCCGACGUCUUCCUUCCUGGCAGUGGCCACCACUUCCUCCUCCGUUCCCACGACUUCCUAUUCCGCAAAUGUGAUCUGUGAUAGCACUUCCAACAAUGUCAGCAUGAGCAACAAUGCCAGUGUCCUGAAUCGUACUAUGCAGCAGCACCAGCAGCAGCUGCGACAGCAACAACAGUUGUUAUCUGCAACCAAUGUGACCGCAGCAUCCCCCAGCUCCAGCACCAGCAGCAGUAUGAUGGGCACGGCUCCCAGUGCAGUGUGUGAAAUGAGCGAUAAGUUGAAUGAUUUGAAGUUGAACCAAAGUGGUGACAAUGCUCACAGUAGCGAAGAACAUCCGUUCAGUGUUGGCGAGUGUCCUCGGUGUGCGAUGGCAGCGGCACGGCAGGGUCCUGCUGAGGACGGCGAGGAAAAAAUAUUGAACACCGCCGUGCAAGACACCGGUGCGAAAGAAUCCACGAAAACGGUAACAUCAGCAUCCCCGGCGGCGUCGGCAGCAACAUCAAAUGCCAAUACAGUGGAGGCGGAAUCGGCGGCCACGGUGACGGAAACGACAUCGGUGUCCUCUUCGUCCUGCUGUCGACAGCCGAUCUUAACGACGACAACGACGACGACGAAAACGCUAGCUCCACUACCGAGUCCGACUUCGACGCUGUUCAGUGCUCUCACACCAUCCGGCAAGAAGUCACGCGUCUGCAAGUGCUGUCGUAGUCCGAACUGUGCCAACCAGGCCAACAAUAAAAACAACAGUGGCAAAGCGUGUUCCGGUACUAGUAGUAGUAGUAGCAGCAGCACAAACCCUUCCUCCACACCCACCGGAGCCAAGUCGAAAAAGGGCAACUGGGGUCUCAAGUUCAACUGUGCCAAACUGCGCGGUUCCAAAUCGAGUCAGGCGGCGGCCGCUUCGGCAACGUCGUCGACAGCAUGUCCAGCUACAACAGCUGGUUCACCAGCGCCAAGCCCAUCGAGUUCGGCAGAAGCUGCGGCCGCUAGCACGUCGUCGAUUAUCGGUACCUCCAGCAGACUUCUCAAAAGUGAAUCGGAAAAGACGAAUAAAUGCAUUUGCACAUAUUAUCGCAAAGUGGAGGACCGUCCGUCGACCGUUUCGUCGAACAAUGGUUAUCCAUCGUCGUCCAACAACCCGUUGGUGAACCCACAGCAUUCACACUAUCAGCAUCACCAUCUCGAUGGAUCAACCUCAAAUGGUCCCGGGGGGACCAUGGGCCAAGUUGGAAUCUCCCAAAAUGCUAAUCAACAGAACCAUACCUUGCUGUUUCCUCAGAACGCCGGAGCUGCUACGGCCAUUUUCCACCGGAUAGAGGGAUCGGCUCUGUGGGGCAGCAAUCCGACUCCCAACUCCCUCAUUGUGGUCUCAACGCCCGGCGUGUUUGAUAUUUCCAGGUUCACCAACAGCGAUGAGUUUUCUCUGGAAGACUGCGACGAACGAGCCCGGCUACAGCGCGAGAUGGAAAUCCGCGAGGGCGUCGAUGCACCACCCAACUUCACCCCACGGGGAUUGAUGUCCGGUGGAACGUUGACCGGUGGAUCGGCGUUGGGUGCGGUCGGAGGUGCCCCAGGGGGUGCCAAUGCUGCGGCAGCUGCAGCGGCCAACCAUCAGAUUGCUUUCCUGUGUGCUGCAGCGGACACGUCGUCGGCGUUCAGUUUGCUCCAGCGAGGACUGCUGCUGCCGAAUACUGUCAUUCAUGCCGAAGAUAUGCCACGGGUUCACUCACAGGUCGACUUCAUCCACUGUUUGGUGCCGGAUUUGCAGAAGAUUACCAGCUGCUGUUUCUACUGGGGCAAAAUGGACCGGUACGAGGCGGAGAAGCUGCUCGAGGGCAAACCGGAGGGCACGUUCCUACUGCGCGAUUCGGCACAGGAAGAGUUUCUGUUUUCCGUUUCGUUCCGAAAGUACAACCGGUCGCUGCACGCUCGCAUCGAGCAGUUCAACCAUAAGUUCAGUUUCGACUCACGAGAUCCCGGAGUGUACACGGCUUCGACGGUGACCGGUUUGCUCGAGCACUACAAAGAUCCAUCCUGCGUGAUGUUCUUCGAACCGAUGCUGACCUACCCGCUGAACAGGAAGUUCGUAUUCUCCCUGCAACAACUUUGCCGCGCGACCAUCGUUAGCAACACCACCUACGACGGUAUCAACGAUCUGUCCCUACCGAAAUCACUCAAAUCCUACCUGAAAGAGUACCACUAUCGGCAGCGGGUUCGAUACAGGCCACUGGACGAUGGUCCGAUCUACCAGAAUCUAUAGUUUUCGGAGGAGGACGAAGCCAUGAGGGCUGGAAUACCGCCACGUCGGCUUCGUCGUCACAGACAUAUGUUCUUCACAGUGGGUGGUGACGAAGUGGACUACAGGUGGCCCGAUCCUCUGUUCUUCGGUAGACGUCGUGCUGAAGAAAGAGUUCCGGAAGAGAAUGAUCAACCGGAUAUAUCGAUCCAACCGCGAGUACACGAGCUACCACCAACAGUAAGACGUCGCACUUUGCGUCGGUCGAGACCUAGAAAACGUUUCUUCUGCUGUUUUACUGGAUCUCCUUGAGCGGAAAACCUGUUCUGUAUAAAAGUUACUGUGUAAAUAGCAUUGUUCAUAUGGUUACGCAAGUGUCCAAUUAUUUAUAUCAAUCGUUGUUGUUUAAGUUAUUUCUCCCGCAUCCGUAGAUCGUUUUCCCCGCUGUACAAAGUUAUCACAAUUUACUUCCGUUAAAUAAAAGAUCAGAGAGCACACAACUAGCGCAUAAGACAAAGAAAAUAGUUUCCUUUCUAUAAUUUAGCGACUGAAAAUUUAAGAAAAUUUAAUUUGGAAGAGAUCAAACAUAGAACGACUCGAGAUGUUUUAGCCAAUUAAGGGAAGAAGUUAGCAAAAGAGAAGGCACGGAUAGAGCAAAGACUAGGCAAAUUGUAAGCAAAAUGUAGAAUCACCUUACGUUGUUUCUGUUGAUUACUUUUAGUUUGCAUAUUAGUUAGAAAUUAUUCCCGCUGUGAACAAAUUGUACCCAAUGUAUACCGAAAGAACCCUGUUGGAUCCAUUCGAUUUCACACAAAACACACUCUCUAUUUCUCCAGUUGCCACUACUUAAUAAAACUGUCCGGAAGUUCAACAAAAUAACAAUCCCAGUAUUCGAAGCUUUCUUCGCUAAAUAUAACAGAACAAACAAUUUAGAACCAACGUACAACUGUUAGAAUUACAAUAGUGCUGAUAUCGAAAAUACACAAUAUACAUAUAGUAGAAACGUUCCCAGUGCGAUGGUCUCUUGUCUGAAAAAAGGCUAAACUGAAAUCAAAGAAACUCACUCACUAAAUAGUUUAGAGGAAUGCCGUUCAACUAGUAAUACAACAGACGUAGUCAGUCAGUAGCAGUGUUUGUCAACCAGCAUGAGUGUGUUGUGCGGAUACCGUUAGAAUCAAUUGCAUUUUUCAACAAUUUGAUAACCGAAGAAACAGAAUCAAAAUGUGAAACUACCCGAGAUCUGGUGCCGAGCAGUGUUGGAAAAGGAUGAGUGACUGAAUGAAAAAAAAAAAAAUGGUUGGGUCUGCCUACAAUAGGAAAGGAAAAAGCAUCAUUAAACAAUGUAAACGGUAAUCAAAUACUAUAGCAUGCUAAAACACGCAGUAAAAUAAAUAUGUUCUGGUAGCUUUAAUUAACUAAAUCUAUAUACAACAGUAGUAGAUCAAGUAAUAUACAUAAAUUAAACCAACUCUUAGAACAGUGGUAGGAUCGUUUAGAGAACGGUCAGUGCAAGUGUAUAAACAAAAUUCGUAAAAAUAAAAUGAGUAAUACAAUAGUAA